AUGAUUCUUGCUUAUAUUUUUAUGGUUAUGACUUAUGCAUACGUUGUAGUUACAUUAAUUAUGAUCUUUUUAUGUUAUCGAUAUAUUACAAAUUUGAUUUAUCCAAAGAAAAAAGAUGAAGUGACUUUUAUGGAAAGACAAAUGAAACGAUUGGCGUAUAAUCCACAAAUAAUUCUUCAAGCAGCUUUUCGUUUACUUCCAUAUUUAGUGUCGAUAUUAUUUAAUUUAUCACAAUUUUUGUAUUAUGGAUCGGAUUAUUUGGGUGCAAUUUCAUUGGAAGCAGAUAAAAGAGAUCCAAGUGCAUAUUUUGAACGAGUACUUAAUUCACCACAAAUGGCUCAUACAGUAUUGAGUUCAAUUUAA